CCCUGGACUGGACCGGCGGGCGGCGGCACCUCCGUGCCUGGAGGCCGACGCGGUCAGAGCACGGGGCCCCGGAGGCUCGUCCUGGACUGCCUGCGAGGCUGCAAGCACAAGAGCAGGAGCACGAGAUAUUAGGAUGGAUGAAGUUACACAAGCUGUUGAAAACCUGAAGAAAGAAUGGAGCCAAGCGGUUUCACAGCUUGAGGAGAGCAUUGCUGCAAUCAAAUCAUGUGGAAAAUCAGGGAAAGGGACAGAGGAAGCAAAUUCUCUUCCAAGGCUGAAUGGUUCUGCGCAGGAUGCUCUGCAAUUGCUCAAGUCACUGCAGUUUCGGCUUGAUCUUCUAGCACAGCAGCUACCCACUUUUGAAGAAGUGCAGUCCGGCCAAGCAACCUUAGAGUCAUGGGAUGAACAAUACAAGAAGCUGCGUGCUAGUCUGAGGAAUGCUAACUUACAAGCGAAAGAGAACAUUAGAAAAGCUGCUCAAGAGGAGAGGGAGCUUCUUCUUGGGGGUGGAGAAGAGUCUACCAUCCGCAGGCGUAAUCUCCAGACAAAGGCUGGGAUGACAUCUGCUGCUGAAAGUAUCACCGAGAGCCUCCGACGGUCUCGCCAGAUGAUGGUUCAGGAAGUGGAAAGAAGUGCAAGUACCUUGGCAACAUUUGAUGAAUCAACAAGUGUUCUCCGGAAGGCUGAAGGUGAAUAUCAAGGACACCGCUCUUUGCGGAUGCGUACCCGUGGUUUGCUCUCCACGAUGCAACGGCAAGAUGUUCUUGAUAGGGUCAUCCUGACUGUGGGCUUUACCAUUUUCUCCUUGGCGGUUCUCUAUGUUGUUUCAAGACGUAUUGGUCUGUUGACGUUGCAAAGGAAACUGGCUGAUGCCAUCAGAUCAGGUUCAUUAUCAGCUGAGGACAUCGUAGCAAAAGCCCAGCCUGGACCUGCUGCAGCUAAUGUCCCAGCUCCGGCCCCUCCCAUUUAUGAUGAACUGUGAUUCGCUUGUCCAUGAUUUUAUACAUGUGUAUCCAGAUUCCAGAAACAACUGUUAAGAUGUACGCUAGCGAGUUUGGGAAGGUUUUCGACUGGCGGAAUGAAUUAGAUGCCCCGCUGCAGCAUGGGAAGGUCUUCUCCUGAAUGAAGUAUAGUGCAGUUGAUUUUUUUUUUGGGACAUUUAUUUAUACCAACAGCACCAAUACGGUUCAGAUAGUACCUUGAUGCAGAUGCAUAAUUGUCCCAUCCCUCUUGAAGUUUGAUGAGGUGGUCUAUAUUUUGGGUUUGUUUCAUGCAAAACGGCCAGGAUUCAGCUUCUGAAUACUGGUAUCCUUUUUUUUUUGGAAUCAAUGGGCGAGGAGAAGAGA